UAGGCACCUUCGGAAGAAGAAACAACCUUCUUCCUAUUAAGGGCGCUUGGUUGGGAAACCGAUUUUAGCUAAAAUAAUGGAAGUAACGAAGCAGCAAGAUCACUCCUACAUAAACGGCGUGUUUGACCAAAUCAAUCCUGCCGAAUUCACCUAUAAAAUGAGCAGAAAAGAAAUCGAGGAGUUUGUGAAAUUGCGGAUUGCAAAUAAUUACCUCUUCUCUGGAAGAAAAAAUACCUCAAAGUGGGGAUGGAGAGCUAUUCUGAAACAUAUGGGAUUGCAUUUUAAGAUGAACCAUCGUCAAGCAGCCAAAAAAUGGGAUAACAUGAAGAAGAAAUAUAGGUUGAUAAAAUAUCCUCCAGAUGGUGUGAAAGCAGUUUCUGAUGUAUGGGCUCAUUUCUCCCUGAUGGACGACGCCAUGGAGGGUCGGCUGGACGGCAUGGCCCCCAUCCUUGAGAGCCUUCACAAUAGCAACGACAAUGAUUUCUUACCCUAUCCGAGGCCCAAAAGGAAAAAGGUCUUAAAUGUGGAGGUCUCUCCUGUUACCAAUUGGAUUUCUAGUGAGCCAGAAAUUGAGGUUUCGCUAAACGGAAUGGAGGAUGUGGAAGACGUGGAUGACGUGGAGGAKGCGGAGGAUGUGAUUGUGCCGGAAAAGCGCGAAGAGAUAAACAGCGUCCAACCAACUGUGGUGGCUGGGAAAGACAGCGAGCCAAAGACGAACGAAAGGGAGCAGCAGCUGCUCCAAAAAGAGAGGGCGACGCUGGAAAGAGAGAUCGCCAGCCUGGAUCGAGAACGAACUUUGCUGGAGAGGGAACGUGCCGUGAUUGAGAGGGAGAGGGUGACGAUGGAGAGGGAGAGGGCGGUGAUGGAGAGGGAAAGGGCGGUGAUGGAGAGAGAGAGGUCGGCAAUCGAAAAGGACAGAGAUGCUUUGCAGAGGGAACGCUUGGCUCUGGAUAAAGACAAAUCGAGAUGGGAGAGGAUUUCUGCACAAAACGAGAAGACCACAGAAGACAACGGCGAGGUGAUGGACUCAGACGCUGGAAACAAGAAAGAAAGAGUGCGAUUUUUGUUUGAAAAACUCAUUGAAAACAUGCAAUAAAACUGCUACUUCAGUUAACUACACCUUCACUUUUGGUUCCCUGCAGAUACAUCUGUGAUUGUCAGAAACAAAACCCCACAAAUACUGGAUCUGUCACUUUAAAGUUUUCAAUAAAAACAUUGAGCCUUCUCUAGAAUGGAGAGGACUUUAUGACUUUA